CCCCGGCCGGACGCGCUCCGCUGCGCCUCGCCGCCCCCCUUCCCUCUCCGCUCAGCAGCGGGACAGUCUCCUGUCUUUCACUGGAGCUCCGAGCGCCGGACUGCACUCCCCCCCCCUCCCCGAGCACACAGCCAUGGCAGACAACGCCGGCUUGGAGAACCACCGCAUCAAAAGCUUCAAAAAUAAAGGGCGCGAUGUCGAGACGAUGCGGAGACACAGGAACGAGGUGACAGUGGAGCUGCGGAAGAACAAAAGAGACGAACACUUGCUGAAGAAACGCAACGUCCCACAGGAGGAGAGCCUCGAAGACUCUGACAUAGAUACAGACUUCAAAGGACAAAAUGUGACACUAGAUGUGAUCCUACAGAACGCCACCAGUGACAACCCCGUCGUGCAGCUCAGCGCAGUGCAGGCAGCCAGUAACUUCUGGCCAGAUUGUGGAGCUAACAGUCCCGCCUUUUCCCGCAGCCCGUCCUUGCAGUUCGAGGCGGCCUGGGCUCUGACAAACAUUGCAUCCGGCACCUCCGCACAGACUCAGGCUGUGGUCAAAUCCAACGCGGUCCCGCUCUUCCUGCGGCUGUUACACUCCCCCCACCAGAACGUGUGCGAGCAGGCUGUCUGGGCGCUGGGCAACAUCAUCGGCGACGGGCCACAGUGCCGAGAUUACGUCAUCUCGCUGGGUGUGGUCAAACCGCUGCUGUCCUUCAUCAACCCCUCCAUUCCCAUUACCUUCCUGCGGAACGUCACCUGGGUCAUCGUGAACCUGUGUAGGAACAAGGACCCUCCUCCUCCGAUAGAAACGGUGCAAGAGAUCCUGCCCGCCCUGUGCGUUCUGAUCUAUCACACCGAUAUUAAUAUUCUGGUCGACACGGUGUGGGCUUUGUCCUACCUGACUGAUGGAGGAAAUGAACAGAUCCAAAUGGUCAUCGACUCGGGUGUGGUCCCCUUCCUGGUCCCUCUGCUCAGUCACCAAGAGGUCAAAGUUCAGACUGCAGCCUUGAGGGCUGUGGGCAACAUAGUGACUGGGACAGAUGAGCAGACGCAGGUCGUGCUGAACUGCGACGUUCUGUCCCACUUCCCCAACCUGCUCACACACCACAAAGAGAAGAUCAACAAGGAGGCAGUGUGGUUCUUGUCUAACAUUACAGCUGGGAACCAGCAGCAGGUCCAGGCUGUCAUCGACGCUGGUCUGAUUCCCAUGAUCAUCCAGCAGCUGGCCAAGGGUGACUUUGGCACACAGAAAGAAGCUGCCUGGGCAAUAAGCAACUUGACGAUAAGUGGAAGGAAAGAUCAGGUGGAGUUCCUAGUCCAGCAGAACGUGGUCCCGCCCUUCUGCAGCCUGCUGUCUGUGAAGGACUCUCAGGUGGUUCAGGUUGUCCUGGAUGGGCUGAAGAACAUUCUGAUCAUGGCAGGCGAGGAGGCCAGCACUAUCGCGGAGAUUAUUGAAGAAUGUGGCGGUUUGGAGAAAAUUGAGAAUCUGCAACAACACGAGAAUGAGGAGAUCUACAAACUGGCAUUUGAAAUCAUCGACCAGUACUUUUCAGGAGAUGAUAUCGAUGAAGACCCAAGUCUGAUUCCUGAAGCCACUCAAGGCGGGACGUUCAACUUUGACCCAGCCUCCAACCUGCAGACUAAGGAGUUCAAAUUUUAAAGCGAAGUCCUGCCCCAUACACAUCCUCAGCACCUUGUCACCUUCAAGAGACCUAAGUAGAUCUACUAACCAGAAGCGCACUCCGCGACCACGCACUGAAGGAUCGGAGACAAUUCGAGACGAUCCUCUCCAACGUCCCCUCACCCCGCCCCACCCCUGCCACCCCUGAUGACUCUUGGUUACAGAGGCGUUGUGACGGAAAAGGCCUCCUCUCUGUUCACUCUGCAGUUGCCAAACGUCCCUCUCGCUGAAACUCGCGGACAGGAGCUGCUUGUGCAUGAUCCUAAAAACGUAUCAUAUUGACAAGAAAGAAGGAAAAAUCCCAGCUUCAGUGUGAGAGGAUUUUUCUUUCUUGCCCCCCCCCCCCCCCCCUGCCAUCCUGUCAUCCUUUUUUACUUCCCUGGAAUCCCAGGCUCACUAAAGCGAUUGCAGAGCCCACCAGCUUCUGGACUGAGGCUCUUCGUCUGGGCCGGGCCAGGAGGGACAGACAGCGGCUGUUUGGUGCCAGCCUGGCUUCUGAGGAGGAGGGGACAGGCCGGGGAGCAGCGAUGGACUGAGCAAACUCUUGUUUAUCUUUCUGUUUUGGGAGUUAUCAUUGGAAUGUUUUUAUGUGUUAAAAUGGCAUCAUUUACAAAAAUGACUGUGAACACAACUGAAGGCACGCACAUGGUGAGAUGGGGGGAAAAGAUAUUAAUUUUACUACAAUUCUGAGAAGAAUGAGAGGUUUAAAAAAUAUUUCGCAGCACUAAUCUCUAAGUGUGGAACCCAGAAAAUGAGAAGAAAAAAGUGAAUGUGGAGAUUUAAGCUCUGCUUGAGCUCAGACUGAAGGAUUUGCAACUUCUCCCGCAAGAUUAAACUCCACAGCAGUGACAUCGUUGCCUGAAUCCCUUCUGACUGACUAGGCUGUAGGCGUGUAUACUAUGUGAUGUGGGGAUUCCCAAUCUUCCAUAAGUUUGAGCUGGUGUGGUUCGAAUCCCCUCACCCCCUCAAUGUUAAUCCUAAUUUCUCCCUUCCUCCUCCCACUUGAGGAAUAGACACAAACACUGCAAACACUGGUCUUGCUUUGGGCUUUUUUUUUCUAAACUUUUUUUUUUAAUUUACAUUUUUUAGUUUAAGAAGGACAAGUAGUAGACUUGUUUAAACUGUGGAGCUUCUGUGUGUUUGGUUUCUCAGUCUUAUACUUACUUUCUGAAUAGUGACCCGCGCUUACUGUCUGUGGAAAGUGCCAGUUGUUCAAACACGUGACGAUGGGAUCGGUCACACUGCGUCUCUGCAAUACUUUUUGUUCCCGUAUAUAUAUAUAUACGUUUUUUUGUUCUUAGAUUUACUGCAUCAGACCCUAAUUGUACAAACGGGAACAUCUCUUUGGAAAUGUUUCCCCCGUUCGGGUCGUGUAGAGCUGCUCCGGAUCCGCCUCAUAUUAAUGUUCUGACUUAUGUCUAUCUCCAACCUGCGUGACACGCUGACGGACGGUACCGCUUUCAGAAAUGGGUUUUCUCGCUGUUGUGACUGGACGCUUAACCAUCUUUUUUUUUUAUUUUUACAAAAAAGAAAAAAAAUCCCUGUGCGUUUUACCUGUUAAGGGAUGGAAAGCAGAACCAUUUUUUUCUUUUGGACUAAUGUAGUUAUGUUUUUGGCUGCUAACUGGUGAAGAAACCUGUGUGUUCAGGAAGAGCAGUCGGAGCCAUGAAAAAAAAUUGAACAAAACUAGCAGGUGUACAGAUGCACUAUUUACACGCCUCGAAAGAGCCACUUUAAAGAUCAGAGUUUUUGCCUUGUAUCUCCGACAGAUACAAGCUCGUUUGUUGCAAGAUUUUUACUUGCUGAGGAAAAAAAAACCCGUUUUAAAUAAUAGAAACGACAGAUAGCAUUUUGGCCUCUGAUUGUUUAUAUCUUUUUAUAAAUUUUAGAUUGAAUUUCUCUUUAAGGUGGCUCAUUGUUUCAACUCUUGUGCAUAUUAAAGGUGAGUUGAAAAUCAUUGUGCCUUUUGGUUUUUCAUUUCUAAGCAGCACAACCUUUUUCAAAACAAAAAAAAAAAACUUACCGAUGUUUGGAUUUUUGUUUUUUGUUUUUUUUUGUGCGGGCUUUUCCUUCUUGCUGGAAUAUAACCGUGAAACUUCUCAGGCAGGGGCUGGGACUCUCACCGCGUGUCAGAAGGUGUCUUGGCCGUAGAACCCCAGCGGACACGCCGCCCUCCUCGGCCGUGCCGCUCACCGCGUCUGCCUGCAUAGCUCUGCCCGCAGCCAUACGUCACCAUCGGGGAUCUCAGGGAUCUCCUUGGCGACAUUGCUGUUCUCAUCGCUCCCUCAGGACAUGGCCUGUGUAUUACUGAUCCUAACCAAAAUAAACUUGCUGUUAGCCAUUGCUUC